AUGCGGGCGGGUGCUGAGCUGGGACGGCAGCAGGGGCCCGCGCAUGCGCCCCCAGCGCCUGGAGAGUCCGGCGGCAGCAGCGGCUCCUGUCCCGGCCGCCAGCCCCGCUCACGGCUUCAUCAGCUCCGUCUGCCACUAACUGGGCCACAGAGGUUCUGCUGCUCCUCGAGCCGCGGCAAAGAGGAGACUGAGAAUAUACAAGUUGCAUUACCUUUAGAGAACCAUUUGGAAGGAAAAGUUGGUUUUAAGACCUAUAAGAAUUACUUCACACCCCAUGCUGACUGGUCUGUCAUCAUCUUCCUUAUACUAGUAAACAUUGCAGCUCAGGUUGCCUAUGUCCUACAGGAUUGGUGGCUUGCAUUCUGGGCACAUGUACAAAGUGGCCUGUAUUUUGGGGCAAUUGUAAGAGGAGAUGAAGAUGUAGUGUUCGUUCUGAACUGGUACUUAGGAGCUUAUUCAGGUUUAACUGUAUCUACCAUCCUUUUUGGCAUCACAAGAUCUUUGUUGAUAUUCUAUGUCUUUGUUAAUUCUUCACAAACUUUGCAUAGCAAAAUGUUGGAGACCAUUUUAAGAGCUCCAGUAUUGUUCUUCAACAGAAAUACAAUAGGAAGAAUUUUAAAUCGUUUCUCCAGAGACAUUGGGCAUAUGGAUGACUUGCUGCCUGUGAUAUUUCAAGAUUUCAUCCAGACAUUUCUUCUUAUGAUUGGCGUGGUGGGCGUGAUGGUGGCUGCGGUUCCUUGGAUUGCUAUACCUGUGAUUCCUCUUGGCAUCAUUUUCUUUGUCCUCCAGUGGUACUUCUUAAGGACAUCACGAGAUGUGAAACGCUUAGAACGUACAACUCGGAGUCUGGUAUUAUCCCACUUAAUAUCUUCUCUGCGGGGACUUUGGACCAUCCGCGCAUACAGAGCCAGACAGAGGUUUCAGGAAGUGUUCAAUGCAUACCAGGAUUUGCACUCAGAGGCUUGGUUCCUGCUUUUGACGACGUCCCAAUGGCUCGCUGUGUAUCUAGAUGUCAUCUGUGCCAUCUUUGUCAUUGUUGUUGCAUUUGGGGCCCUGAUUCUGGUAGAAUCUUUGGAUCUCGGGCAGGUUGGCCUGGUCCUGUCUCUCACGCUCACACUCACGGGGAUGUUCCAGUGGUGCGUCAGGCAGAGUGCUGAAGCUGAGAACAUGAUGAUUUCAGUAGAAAGGGGGAUUGAAUAUACAGACCUUGAGAAGGAAGCACCCUGGGAACUUGAGAAUCGUCCACUGCCAUCCUGGCCCAACAAAGGAGUGAUUUCCUUUAAGACUGUGAACUUCAGGUAUAAGUCGGACGGGCCUCUGGUAUUGAAGAAUAUAGAAGGAUCGAUUGACGCAAGACAAAAGUUUGGCAUCAUGGGAAGAACAGGAGCUGGAAAAAGUUCUGUCAUUGCUGCCCUUUUUAGAUUGUCAGAACCUAAAGGUGACAUUUACAUUGAUGACAUCUUGACAACUAGUAUUGGGCUUCACGAUUUAAGGAAGAAAAUGUCAAUUGCACCUCAGGAACCUGUUUUAUUCGCUGGAACAAUGAGGAAGAAUCUGGAUCCCUUUAAUGAGCAUACGGAUAAUGAACUGUGGAAUGCCUUAGAAGAGGUACAACUUAAAAAAUCCAUCGAAGUUCUUCCUGCUAAAAUGAAUACUGAAUUAGCAGAAUCUGGAUUGAACUUGAGUGUUGGUCAGAAACAACUGGUGUGCCUUGCCAGGGCUAUUCUCAGGAAAAAUCAGAUAUUGAUUAUUGACAAAGCCACAUCAUACGUGGAUCCAAGAACUGAUGAGUUAAUACAAAAAAACAUUCGUGAGAGAUUUGCCCAGUGCACUGUGCUGACCAUUACCCACAGGUUGAGCACCAUUAUUGACUGUGAUAGGAUAAUGGUUUUGGAUUCAGGGACACAGAUAGAAGAUACUUGGCCAUAUAAUUUGCUGCGAGAUAGAAGCAGCCCAUUUUACCAGAUGGUGCAACAGCUGGGUGAGGCGGAGGUUGCUGUCCUCACCAAAAGGGCAAAAGCUGCACUUCAAAAGAAAUGGCAAGAGAUUGAUGAGUCGUUAUGAAUGUUUCCAUUGGACAGCCCUCAGCCUUCACAACUUUUGUGUCGACACUGUGAUUCUACCAUGAGUUCGUAUCUAUUCCAAAGGCUUUUUUCCAAUAGGUUUUGCACUGCAUAAACUAUAUUCUACUUUUUUAUGCCAUAGUUUUCCAACUUCACUCAAUGAUUUCAAGCUCUUGAAAAAGGAUUUAUUAUGUUUAUUUAAAUGUUAUAUUACUCACUUUCUUAUCCAAAUCAGAGGUGCAGGCCACCAAUAAAAGCUGUCUCCCAGGUUUUGUGUCUUGAGAGACUUCAGAGCCAAACUCAUUUUCUAAGAUUUGAGACGAAGUUGUCACAGAUGUUUUUUAUUGUUCCCAGAAUUACAUAUUACUUUGCAAUUUUAUCAGGGAUUCUGUUUAUUUGUAGACUGUGAAGGCGCUGUUUUGUGUCACCACUUCCUUUAACAUGACUAGGAUCCAUUUUUCCACCAAAAAACCUCUGGUUAAAACAUUACAGAGAAAAGUGAUAGGAAAAACAUAUAAUAUCCUAUAAUUUAAGUAACAACAACAACAAAUAGAUAUAUGGUUAAAUACAGAAGGACAAUAUUAUAUGUUCUAAAAGAGAAGGAAGAGAAAUGCUUUCUCAAAAUAGGAGCCCUUCUAGGGGAUUUGCAGAUGAAGGACAGAUGUCCUAGACUGUCUUCUAGAUAGAGGAUUUUAUUUUUUUAUUUAUAUUACAAAUUGUGGUAAAGUGUAUAUAGAACAUAAAAUUUACCAUAUAACCAUUUUAGUCACACAAUCCAGUGGCAUUAAUCACAUUCACAGUGUUGUGCAGCCACAUUGUCUGGGUAACUUUUGGUAAUUAUGUUUUUCCUAUUCAGUGUGUUAUGUUAUUUUUGCAGAGUCAUUUUGAUAAGUUUCAUUUUUCUAGGAGGAAUCUGUUUCCUGUGAGUUUUGAGCUUGAUUGACAUAAAUUUAUUCACAAUAUCUUAUAUGUUUAAUCUCUGCAGCAUCUCUAACUGUGUUCUUUUGGGUUUUUAAUUUUCUUUUAACCUUCUUUUUAUGAAUAAUCUUGCAUAACUUUUUCCUGUUUUCGAAGAAUUCAGCUUUUUGCUUGAUUGAUGCUCUUUUUUCCCCUAGUCCAUCAUAUCAUUCUUUCUUUCCUUCAGCUUUUCCUUAACAUAGAGGUUUUUCCUCUAAAUUCUUAAAUUGAAAAGAGAUUAGUAAUGUCAUCAUUUUUCUAAUAUAAGUAUAUAAAGCUGACUUUUUUUCCUAAGAUCCACUUUAGCUGCAACCUGCAAGUUUUGGUACUCACCACUGUCAAUAGCCAUAGUAUUAUGUAUUUUCUAAUUCCUAAUUUAAUUCAUUAACUAUAUCUUUUGCCCAUGGGUUAUUCAUAAGUAUAAUGUUCUCUAAAUUUAAAAUGCUAAUGGAUUUUUUCUUUUAGAUUGAACCAUGUAGAACUGCUAACAUUCAAUCUUUUUAUAAGCUAUAAAGUGGCACUUUCAUAUGGUUCAACAUAUAGUUGUCUUUUGUUAUUAAUAUAUAACUUAAUUUCAUUUGGUCAGACAACAUUAGAUUGUGAAUUUUAAACCAAAGGUAACCACAUUCUCACUAAAGGUCCUUGUUUCUACAGUUUGUAUUUUAUUGGGCAGUUUUAAAAUGUUAACAUUUAAUGUUAAAAUGUUAACUGGUACAUGUGUAACCAGUAAUUUUUAAUAAAAAUCCUUCCCAAAUACUGGAA